AUGAAUCAGUUGAUAACUACAACUGGUUCGACAUGGAAACACCCAAUAGCCGGAACGAUUCAACCAUCCAUGUAUAAUAGCUGGCCAUCGGCUUAUUACAAGAGGAAUCAUUCUCAAUGGAUAACAGAAAUUCAACAUAUUGCACGUUAUGGCUAG